AUGCCGCUGGCGCAUCUGGGUAAAGUGCUUAUUCCGUGGCCGAACCGGAUCGCCAACGGCUGUUACCGCUAUCAGGGGCAGGAAUAUCAGUUACCCAUUAAUGAACAUAGUUCAAAAGCCGCUAUUCACGGGCUGCUUGCCUGGCGAGACUGGCAAAUUAGUGAAUUAACCGCCACCAGCGUUACCCUGACAGCUUUUCUGCCGCCCAGUUACGGCUAUCCGUUUAUGCUGGCUUCACAAGUUGUUUAUUCGCUCAACGCACACACGGGUCUUUCCGUUGAGAUCGCAAGCCAGAAUAUCGGCACUGUCGCAGCGCCUUAUGGCGUGGGUAUUCAUCCUUAUUUAACCUGCAACUUAACAUCUGUUGAUGAAUAUCUGUUCCAGCUUCCGGCAAACCAGGUUUAUGCCGUCGAUGAGCACGCGAAUCCGACAACGCUUCACCACGUUGAUGAGCUGGAUUUAAAUUUCACGCAGGCGAAAAAAAUAGCCGCGACAAAAAUCGACCACACCUUUAAAACCGCUAAUGAUUUGUGGGAAAUGACCAUUACCCAUCCACAGCAGGCGCUUUCGGUAAGCCUUUGUUCCGAUCAACUCUGGGUGCAGGUUUAUAGCGGUGAAAAAUUACAGCGUCAGGGACUGGCAGUUGAACCUAUGAGUUGCCCGCCUAACGCCUUUAAUUCAGGUAUCGACUUAUUAUUACUGGAAUCAGGAAAACCGCACCGCCUGUUUUUUAAUAUUUACGGACAGAGAAAAUAA